CUCAUAAUAUUAAGAACUGAGAAGCAAUCGUUAGCGGAAGAAGAAGAUGAUUGAGGUGGUGUUCAACGACAGGCUGGGGAAGAAGGUGCGGGUGAAGUGCAACGAGGACGACACCAUCGGCGACCUUAAGAAGCUGGUGGCAGCCCAGACCGGAACCAGACCUGAGAAGAUCAGAAUCCAGAAAUGGUACACCAUCUAUAAAGACCACAUCACCCUCAAAGACUACGAGAUUCACGAUGGCAUGGGCCUCGAGCUCUACUACAACUGAUUCCCCCCCAUCCCUUUUCCUUAAUUCUGGUUCGAUGUCCAUAUAAAAUGAUGAAGAUACAAUGGGGAGUGUAGAUGUCUUUCAACUAUUAGGAGAGAUUCUUGGCGCGCCCUUCAGAAAACUCUUGAUAUGUAGCUUAAUACUUUGUAAUCCAUCAAUGGACCCAAACUUUUAACUCUUUAGCUAUACAAACAGUGUUAACUUGCCAAGCACCAAAAUAAAAUACAGUGUUAAUUUGCUGAACUAUGUAUAUCUAGCACAAUGGAAUAAAUGUUAACGUGUUGUGUGAUUAAUGUAUUUGCUGUCUGUACCCAAUUGCUAUUUUA